AUGAGAGGUGCUCUCUCCUCUCUCCUCGUCCGCUGCUCUCUGCUGGGGCGCUGGACUCUGCAGAUCAUCGUGGCCUUCCUCGAUGCUAGCCUAGCAAAUCAGGCGAGAAGAAGAAGUCAAGCCAGGGAUGAUGGUUUCUUCCUCGGUAAGGGAGAUUCGGGGAAUGGUGAUGAAGACCUUGGGAUUCUUUAUCCCCCUCGACAAAUUAAUUACGACGGAGUACGUCAUCCGACCGCCGCGGUUUUCUGUCGAAAGGAGAAACGUAAACGUCAGAUUGCCGAUGGUGGCACCGAAACCAAAAGUGGACAACUAUGUAGAAAACGUAGACGCCAAAUAGGGGGUGGGUGGAGAUUCUGGCUCCCUACCUCGCUGGAAUUAGAUUAUGAGGUUUCGAAUUGGGAUUCAUCUCUGGGAACUGGUGCUUGUAAACAGAAUGAUGCCACGAGUGCUGCUUUGUGCCAAACCUUCUUGGCUCCAACUCCACCCUUCGGGGAUGUGAUCUCGACUCCCAUGGCUGUUCUUGGAUUGGCGAAGUCAAAUGUUAAUUGUGGACGUGCUACCGCUGGCGACCUGAUGAGCCCUAGGGCAACCACCCCCGCUGUCGCCCGUCGGCCAUCUACCACAGGAACCAAGUUUCUGUGGAAGAUGCGUGGUGGGUGCUUCCCGGAUUUCCGGCCUGCGUUGGCCGGGAUUUGGGGAUUCAAUAUCUGGAUUACAAAUCCUAAUAACAGAAAUUAA